GGGCGUGCACGUCGGCGGGUAUCCGCGGGAUGCAGGUUUCCGUGUAACACCUGGUCCAGGGCAUAUCAUUCUAUCCAGAACAUUGUGAUCGAGCCCGGCCUGGGCAGCAGCUCCAUUCACGCCGAUGACAAUGACAUAAGGUUCACCUCCAGUAGGAUCUGUGGGAAUUUCCAGCGGUGGGAGCUGCCCAUGGGAUCUCCAGACAGAGCUUUUUUGAUCUUCUGAGCCUGGCUAGUUCUCGGAGUUGUUCCUCAGAUUUCAGUGGGAGUAUCAGAGAAGUACCAGGUUUCUGCAAGAUUCGAAAGGACCAAGAGUUUUGUGUACUUAAAGUGAAAGUAUUGUCAAACAAAAUGAAUGUUAAUUUAGAUAAUCAGUUUCCUUGUGUGGCCCAGAAUGGCAAACUGCGGAGUGAACACAAAGAACAAAGUCACGGUUAAUAAGCCAGUUUGGGAAUUUCUCAACAAAGAGACUCCUUCCAAACUAAACCGUCUGAGAGAAGACAGUGGAGUUCGUAUUCUGAUUGAUGGUGAAACAUCGGAGAUUUAUGUGUUACGAUUGUCUGUUGACAGCCAUGUUCCAGCAAAUGCGAUCUCUCUGGCUAGAAAAGCCCUAAAAUCUUUGCUAAAAGACACUGAGAAAGAGUUGAAAAAAUCCUACAAACAGCAUCAGCUGUCGGGUUUUGUAGCUUACACAGAUAAGAACAGUGACCAUACAGGUGAAACGCACAGCCGCAGUACUUAUGGUAGAAGCCUACCAACAUUCAGUGCUCGAGGAAUGAUACUUGGAGGUUCUAGUGGGGGAGCGAGUAGCAGCCAUGGGAGCUCUCGUGACCACAGAAGAGAAGAGGCAGAAGAUGACAGGGAAAACCAGUGUCCCAUUUGUCUGGGUGAGAUCCAAAAUAUAAAGACGUUGGAGAAGUGCCAGCAUUCAUUCUGUGAGGAUUGUAUUACCAGGGCUCUCCAGGUGAAGAAAGCUUGUCCAAUGUGUGGCCGGUUCUAUGGGCAACUAGUAGGAAACCAGCCUGAAAAUGGCAGGAUGUUGGUAUCCAAGGACUCUGGGCUUUUGCUUCCUGGUUACGAGAAGUAUGGGACUAUUAUCAUCCAAUAUGUCUUUCCACCAGGCAUCCAAGGGGCAGAACACCCGAAUCCUGGGGUUAGGUAUCCAGGAACAACUCGUGUGGCUUACUUACCUGAUUGCCCAGAGGGGAACAAAGUUCUGACACUAUUUAAGAAAGCCUUUGAUCAACGUCUGACCUUCACCAUUGGGACUUCAAUGACCACAGGAAGACCUAACGUUAUAACGUGGAAUGACAUUCACCAUAAAACUAACUGCACAGGAGGACCACAACUGUUUGGUUACCCUGACCCUACCUACUUACUGAGAGUCCAGGAGGAGCUGCGAGCCAAAGGCAUCACUGCUGACUAGAAGGGGAAUAUUGUGCCGCAUACAGGCACUGAGAUUUCGGGACGGAAAUAAACAAUUCCCACAGAGGAAAAGCCGCCUUUGUUCCAUUUUUCUUACUGUCCUCUCAUUUUAGCUCCUUUGCUGAUCUUGCUUUUCUCAGAAACUGCAAUGGGAAUAAGAACUUGGAUCCAACACUGGAGUAUUUGCAAAGUUAUGAAAAACUUGUUAAAAGUUACUAACUUUCAAUGGAGGUUUGCCUUAAUGGUGAAUUAAAUGGGUGAAUUGAUUGUUUUAUUGGGACAAUAUAGUAGGACAAAGACUUCUAGAGACGUUCUAGAGUUACCUGUGGACGGCUUAGUUCUAGCUGACCAUCCAGUCAAUAGUCAUCGUGUCUCAUUCCCCUGGAAGGACAAUUGUUUAUCUUACAGAGCAGUCCAGGCCUUGCAGUUUACCUGGAAUUGCAUCUUAUGAGCUUUGUAGUUGAAACGCCUCUAGAAAGGACCAACCUGUCAGCAUCAGUGCAUAAUGUUUUCUGCAGGCCCAGUACCUUAAUCCCAGUAUUGCAGGGUGUUGUGCGCCUUAUCUUUCCACACCUUAUCUUUCCACACCUAUAAUUGCCUAUUAGAUGUUGCAACACAGCACACGGCAGUACAAUGUUUAGUUCUACUUUUCUUUUAUUAUUCAUUUCUGUUUAAAGCAGCGAUGGGAUUCAUGGAUAUCCUAUUCAAAUCCAUACUAAAGGGAGUUUUAUUUCUUGCAGGGAAAAUUCUAGUUGUAUAUUUGAUAUCAUCAAGAAGCAUGCCAUCAUUUAGUCUCCAAACUAUGAGAAGACAUCCUUCUAGAAAUUACUUAUGCCAUAUAUUAUGUAUGUGCAUGGAGUGUCUGCAUCUGGGGUUUGUAGGGCAGUUGAUGAAGAGGGCAGG